AUGGCCGCUUCUUCUCUACUUACUAUGGAUAAUAGCAGAACCAGACAAAACAUGAGUGGUUCUGCUAACUGGUCACAACAAACCGGAAGAACAUCAACGUCUUUGGAAGAUCUUGAGAUCCCAAAGUUCAGAUCUUUUGCUCCUUCUUCAAUCUCCACCUCUCCUUCUCUUGUCUCUCCUUCCACUUGUUUCAGCCCCUCUGUUUUCCUCGAUUCCCCUGCUUUUGUCGCCUCCUCUGCUAACGUUCUUGCUUCACCAACCACAGGAGCUCUUAUCACAAACGAAAGUAACCAGAAAAGUAUAAAUGAAGAAGAGAAGAAGAAGAACAACAACUUUAACUUCUUCGAUUUCUCAUUCCAGACACAAUCCUCAGGAGUUUCUGCUCCGACAACAACAACAACAACAACAACGACAACAACAAACAGUUCUAUCUUUCAACCGCAGGAACAACAGAGGAAGAACCAGUCAGAUCAAUGGAGCCAAACCGAGACUCGUCCAAACACUCAAGCUGCAUCUUACAAUGGAAGGGAGCAGAGGAAAGGAGAAGACGGCUAUAACUGGAGAAAGUACGGACAGAAACAGGUGAAAGGUAGCGAGAAUCCUCGGAGUUACUAUAAGUGUACUUUCCCAAGUUGUCCAACGAAGAAGAAAGUGGAGAGAUCUUUGGAAGGUCAGAUAACAGAGAUUGUGUAUAAGGGAAGCCAUAACCAUCCCAAGCCUCAGUCCACUAGAAGAUCAUCUUCUUCUGCGACAUUUCAUUCAGCUGUGUAUAAUGCCAGCCUCGAUCAUCAUGGUUCUUCUGAUCAACCCAAUUCCAAUAAUAGCUUCCAUAACUCUGAUUCCUUCGCAAUCCAACAAGAUGGUAAUACUACCUCUGGUUCUGUUGGAGACGAUGAGUUCGAGCGAGGCUCAUCUGUUAUCAGCAGAGAAGAAGAAGAUUGUGGGAGUGAACCUGAAGCAAAGAGAUGGAAAGGAGAAAAUGAAACAAACGGUGGGAAUGGUAAUGGAAGCAAGACAGUGAGAGAGCCGAGAAUUGUCGUGCAGACAACAAGUGAUAUCGACAUUCUUGAUGAUGGUUACAGGUGGAGAAAAUACGGCCAAAAAGUCGUCAAGGGAAACCCAAAUCCAAGAAGCUACUACAAGUGCACAACCGUCGGUUGUCCAGUGAGGAAACAUGUUGAGAGAGCAUCACACGACAUGAGAGCCGUGAUCACAACCUACGAAGGGAAACACAACCACGACGUACCUGCAGCUCGUGGUAGCGGUUACGCCACAAACAGACCGUCACAGGAUGCUUCUUCAGCACCAAUUAGACCAGCUGCUAUUUCUGGUCACUCUUACACUACUUCUUCUCAACCACCAUACACACUUCAGAUGCUGCACAACAACACUAAUACCGGGACUUUUGGUUACGCUAUGAACAACAACAACAACAGCAACCUUCAGACACAACAGAACUUUGUCGGUGGUGGGUUCUCUAGAGCAAAAGAAGAACCAAACGAGGAGCCCUCGUUUUUCGAUUCGUUUUUGUCGUGA